AUUCCUACAUGUGCUCAAAAUGUGAGCUCUGAAAGGCCACUUAGGCAAUUCGUUACAGGUAAAGACAAGUCAGCAGGUAGAAAUUCAAAGGGUCGUAUCACAAUUUUCCACAGAGGGGGAGGGGCAAAACGGUUACAAAGAAAAAUUGCCCUAAAACGCAACACUUCAUCAGUAGGUGUAGUUGAACGAAUCGAAUACGAACUAAAUCGCACUUCACAGAUCGCAGUGGUCAGAUGGGUCGAAGGGGCAGCCGUUGACCGCCCGAAAAAAGUCAACUCCCUCCAAAAAGAACUUCACCCCACCCCCAAGAUCCUACCCUCCAUCUCCAUCAAAGGUCAGUUUUCAUUCUCUUCAAUUCCCGGAAUGUUAGAAGACAAAAAGGUGGAAUCUUUAAGGCCUAAAACAGAUCAUGUAGUGGUUGGACUUUCAAAAGGUAGUAGGACCUUGAGUAGUCAAAGUCAAACAGGGAUCCACAUGAGAAAUGUUAAGGAUAUUUUAUUGUCUGCUUUUUCAUCUUCAAAUGGGAAAAAAAGACAUGACGCUCCUUAUUCGUUUGUGAACGUGUUGGGUGUUCCAAGAAUGGCGGUGGCAGGGGCAAAACCGAAAUUUUUUGUUCCAAGAAUGAAAGAUGAUGUGAAGGGGAAUGAAAGUUUGUUGCUUAAUGAAGUAAAAAUGUGGGAUAAGGAUAGUGUUGUGUGGGGGCAUAAGAUUAAACGAAAAACAGAUGUUUCUUGGGAGAGUUUGAGACAAAGGGGGAUUUUAGAGGUUGUUAAUGAGUCAGAGUCAAAGUCAAAGGUGAGAGAAAGUGAAAAGGUGGAAAAAGAUGGGAAAUUUGGAGUGGAUCGAGCUCCUGUGAGUUAUAUAUUGGCUACCUAAGUGUCGAUUUAUCAGUUACCUAAGUGUC